AUGGGAUUUGGUUCUUUCGACACAAUAUGCGAGCAGGCUGCUCUUCCUCUCUGCUACGUCCUCGGGGCUCCUACCGAAUUUACCUCUGAGCGCAAUCCCGCGCUGUUGCCAACGUGCAGCGCAAGGUCUAUUGAGUUGGCCAACACCAUCAUCUUCCAGGCCGCCACCGACUUCGCCCACAUUGCGGCUUUGGGAAUGACAGCAAUCAUGAUUUUUCACGUCCGGUCCAAAUUCACUGCUGUUGGAAGAAGAGAGAUCUUGACAUUCUUUUACAUUUACAGUCUGUUGACCAUCAUCAGCUUGGUCCUAGAUGCGGGCGUUCUACAAGCCACAAAUUCUGGCCCGUUCCCUUGGUUUGUUGCUGUGCAAAAUGGCCUGACCAGCGCCCUAUGCACAAGUCUGCUCAUCAACGGCUUUGUGGGUUUUCAACUGUAUGAGGACGGAACCACCCUUUCCGUUUGGCUCCUCCGCUUGGGCAGUGUGCUCAUGUUUGUCAUUGGGUUCGCUGUCAGUCUGCUCACGUUCAAGGGAUGGGCUGGUUUGACCCCGACCAACACCACCGGCCUUUUUGUUGUCUUAUAUAUCAUCAACGCUAUUUGUGUGGCCGUUUACUUUAUCAUGCAAAUAAUCCUGGUGGCUAAUACCCUUCAAGACCGGUGGCCAUUGGGAGAUCUUGCCUUUGGCGGGCUUUUCUUUGUCGCAGGUCAGGUCAUUCUGUAUGUUUUUGCCAAAAAGAUUUGCGAAGGAGUAAAUCAUUAUCUGGACGGUUUGUUCUUCGCAACUGUCUGUAACUUAUUGGCUGUGAUGAUGGUCUACAAGUAUUGGGACAGUAUCACAAAAGAAGACCUCGAGUUCAGUGUGGGUACCAAGCAGGGGCAUUGGGACGUCAAGGAAUCCCUGCUAGAACCCACUGAGGACUACCGUACGAGCAUCUACGGAGGCGGUCGAGAGAGCGUUUAUGAAACAAGCAGCCUAGAGUACCAACCUCAAAUACUUCCCCACCAUACAUUGAGCCGGGACCAGGCCCCUCAACAAGGCCCACAAUACGAACCUCGACAAGGUCUACAGUAUGGAGACAUUCGACAGCAGUUAGGCACCUACGAGGACUUUGAAUCCCAGCCUCCGAAUUAUCGUAAUCGGGAAAGGGAGUAUACUUACUGA